UGCGCGGAGGCCCCUGCCCUGCCUCCUGCUGUCCGCGGAGCCGGGCCGCCGCCGCAGCCGGGGCGUCGUGGGCGGUCCAUGGAGCUGGAAAACCUCGUGGCCAACUCGCUGCUGCUGAAGGCGCGCCAAGGAGACUAUGGCAAAAAAAGUGGUCGUAGUAAAAGAUGGAGGGAGUUGCUGAAGCUGCCCGCUGUUAGCCAGUGCAGCAAGCUUAGACAUUCCAUUGAAAAGGAUUAUAGCAGUCUCUGCGACAAGCAGCCCAUAGGAAGACUUCUCUUCAGGCAAUUCUGUGAUACAAAGCAUGACCUAAAGAGGCGCAUUGAGUUCCUGGAUGCGGUGGCCGAGUAUGAAGUGGCCGCUGAUGAAGACCGAAGAGCUUCUGGACAGUUGGUUCUAGACACGUUCUUCAGUAAUGAGGGUUUGGUGGUUCUUUUACCAGAAGUGCCUCCACGUGUGCUGAGAGAAUGUAGACUGAGGCUGAAGGAGGAUGACCCUCCCAAAGAAGCCUUCGAGGCCUGCAUGAGAGUUGUCCAUAGCUACUUAAGUGGAGAACCAUUUGAAGAAUACCAAGAAAGCCCAUAUUUUUCUCGAUUUUUACAGUGGAAAUGGCUGGAAAGGCAACCAGUAACAAAGAAAACAUUCAGACACUACAGAGUUCUAGGAAAAGGCGGAUUUGGAGAGGUUUGUGCCUGUCAAGUGAGAGCUACAGGGAAAAUGUAUGCCUGUAAAAAGCUAGAAAAAAAGAGAAUAAAGAAGAGGAAAAGUGAAGCUAUGGCUCUAAAUGAGAAAAGACUCCUAGAAAAAGUGCACAGUAGAUUUGUAGUGAGUCUGUGCUACACCUACGAGACCAGGGACGCCCUGUGCCUGGUACUGACCAUCAUGAACGGAGGCGACCUGAAGUUCCACAUCCACAGCCUGGGCAGCCCCGGCCUGGACGAGCGCAGAGCUGUAUUCUAUGCUGCCGAGCUGUGCUGCGGCCUGGAGGAUUUGCAGAGGGAGCGCAUUGUGUACAGAGACUUAAAGCCUGAGAAUAUUCUCCUCGAUGAUCAUGGACACAUCCGGAUUUCAGAUCUUGGUUUAGCCAUGGAGAUCCCAGAAGGAGGGGCGAUUCGAGGAAGAGUUGGAACAGUCGGCUACAUGGCUCCUGAAGUGAUCAAUAAUGAAAACUAUACAUUUAGCCCUGACUGGUGGGGACUCGGCUGUCUGAUAUAUGAAAUGAUUCAGGGACAUUCUCCAUUCAGAAAAUUCAAAGAGAAAAUCAGACGGGAGCAGGUGGAGCAGCGAGUGAAGGAGGACACUGAGGAGUAUUCCAGGAAGUUUUCGGAGGACACCAAGUCCAUCUGUAGGAUGCUUCUCACCAAGAACCCCAAGCAGCGUCUGGGCUGCCAGGGCGAUGGGGCUGCUGGGGUAAAGCGACAUCCUGUGUUCAAAGACAUUAACUUCAGGAGGCUGGAGGCGAACAUGCUAGAGCCCCCGUUCUGUCCUGAUCCUCAUGCGGUUUAUUGUAAGGACGUCCUGGACAUCGAGCAGUUCUCUGCGGUGAAAGGAGUCUGCCUGGACCCGGCUGACGACACCUUCUACAGCCAGUUUGUCACGGGGUGUGUCUCCAUCCCCUGGCAGAAUGAGAUGAUCGAAUCGGGGUGUUUCAAGGACAUCAACGAAAGUGUAAGUGAGGAAAGUGUGGCCUUAGAUGUAGAAGACAAGACGUGGCAACCAGUUCACAAACGAAAGCGAGGUUUCUUCUAUAGACUUCUUGGAAGAGGGGGCUGCAUGAGCACUGGAGCCAGCCAGAAGGAAGAGCUGCCCUGCCCAGACCAGCGCCAGAGCCCAGAAGCACGUAGAAGCUCGGUGCUUCGUUCUAUCUGAGUGGCAAUAAACAGUGACACACCUUAAAACAUGCUGCAUCAGUCUGCAGAUUUUCCUGCGUUAAAUAGCUGAAUAGUCUUUUCACUAAAGCUGGGCUGAAGAAAAGGCCACUAGGACUGCUGUGAUGUGCAGAGUCCCCCACGUGUGGACACUUGGGGCGGGGCUCGAGCUUCACCUGUGCCUUUGGACAGGGUGGGGGUGGGGUUAGAAAGGCUGUCUGUCUGCAUGCACACUUAUGUCCGCUGACAUUCCACCUUCCUGAGGGCACGCGUGUUGGCAUGCGUGGCUCUGGCUAAGUGUCCAGGCAUUCCUACCUACCCUCAGAAAGAGCCUGUUUGCAGGAGCCUGGGGUCAGGGCUUGGCCGUCAGGUGCUACUCACUGACCCUGGCGUGUGUUCAAGGGCUUCUCUGCCAGCGACUUGUGGUUCUGGGACUGUGCGGUGCCCGUUGUUUGCAUUGUGACCCGGUGACUGGGCCAAAGGUUAAAGACCAGGUCCAGAAGAGGCCUGGGCUUAGGCUGACUGAAGAAGAGGGACAGCUGACCAUACCUGGGGAUUAGGCGAGAACAAGCUUUAAACUCAUUCAUCAGAUUUUGAUUGCGCCCCUGAGAAAAGAGAGGGCCGUGGCCUGUGGAUGAGCAUUCUCGUGGAGGCCCAAGGUGCCUCUAAGAGAGGAAGCUGAGGGACAAAGUAGUUCUGUGUUGUGGGCUGGCGGCAGGGUGGGUGGUGGCGCUAAGAGGUGAGUGGGGCGGGGAGUCCAGCAUGCGGAGUGUUCUGUCAUUUACACAUGUGCCUCAGGCCUUCUCUGUCAUUACAAAUGUUGCUUUGAAAGAGCUUGAGGACAAGCGUAAAGCCAGAGCUCCAGGACACCCCCAGACCCUCCCCCGACGACACGCCUUUCAGUGGUCCUUCCGGGGUGUGGCCACUCUGUUACUUACAAUUCCAGUUCCAACUCACUGGAUACAUUUCUCCCCCUUUCCCUUGAGAGACAUUUCAGAAUGCAUUAUGGAAAGAAAAGGAGCUAUCGUGGGGGAGGUAUGUAUAUGUAGUUGUAAGAGAAAAUAAGUUGACACAACUAAGACUAAACAUACCAUACAAUAUGUGCAAAUGAUCUUAACUCACCAAUUAAAAUGACAGAUAUCACAGUGGGUCACAAGGCAAAACCCAGCUGUGCUGUUUCCAGAAGACACACCUAAAACAUAGUGAGAAAGGUUAAAAUUUAACCAUUGCAAAUGCAUUCCAGGAAAGUACAAACAAAAAUAAAGCAGCAGUCCCAAUCUGAAUAUCAGACAAGAUGGAAUCUGGGCCAGAAAGCAUAAGCCAAACAGAAAGGAUAUGUAAUGUUAAAGGUACAAUUCUCAAAGAAGAUAAAACGGUCAGAAAGAACUACUCCCCAAGUAACAGGUACAGCUGUCAUAGAGCAGUGCUGAGAAGUUACUCCACCUCUCAUGGAGCAGACCUAAAGGGCAUGGUAAGGUGUGUGUGUGCAUGCGUGUGCAUGCAUGUGUGUACAUACACAGAUACCCGUACUAUAUUAUGUUGAUGUAUAGGUAACACAUUCUAUUUUGAUGAUAGAAAAUGCACCUUCUUUUCAAAUGCCCAUGGAACAGGCAUGAAAAUUGACCAUAUACUACUAUGUCACAAAGAAAAUCCUAAUAAAAAAUUUGAUAAGAGAUAUAGUUAAGAGCAUCUGAUUACAAAUAAACCUAUGAAUUAAUAACAAUUAGAAAACAGAAAGGCCCUGGCAGCUGGAACUUUGACAGCCUCUGCUAACGUUCUCUUGGGUCAAGGCGGAUCUGUGAUCCAAAAUGGCAGGGCUUCUACAAAAAGGUGACAGUUCCGAUGUAUCUGAAUGUACGGACACAAGUGCUCAAGGAGAACAUCUAUGGCUCUUGGUUCUCCUGACAAAAAUAAGCACCUGAAAAGAAAUGAAUUGAGCCUCUCACUCAGAAAGGAUAGAAAAGACAUUGAAGGAAAGCAGAAGAAAUUAAUGAAACAAAAGCAGAAAUUAAUGGCUAUAGAACAGAAAAACUAUAACUCAUAUGAGUGUUGUUCUGUGUUAAAAAAUCAAUAAAAUAAAUGUCUAACCUAGUCAAGAAAAAAAGGGAAAAGACAGGAAUGCACAAAAGAGAUUACGAGGGGAGAAAAAUCACAGAGAGAGGAAAUUAAAGAAUACUUUGCAAAAAAAAAAUUGCUUUGCACACUGUAUGAAAAUAAACAAAAAACCUGGAUGAAAUGCAUUUCUAGGAAAACAAUUUACCAAAACUAACUAUAGGUAAAAUAGGAAAUCUAAAGAAACAUUGUUUUGUGUUACUUUUUUGUUUAUUUUUUUACUGGGGAAUAUUGGGGAACAACGUGUU